AUGCCCGCUCCAACAGACAUCAACCAGCUUCGCUCAUUUCUAGGACUCAUCAAUUUUUAUGGAAACUUCGUCAAGGAUCUGCACAAUUUACGCGCUCCACUAGACGCUCUCACGAAAAAGGAUGCUGUCUACAAGUGGACACAGGAGUGGCCAAUCUUCCUUCGACAAGAUCAAGGCAACAUUAGGCUCGGAUCUCUUAUUAACUCACAUCGACCCCGUAUCUGCCGAAUCCAUCCGAAUCGCUACGAAAGCCGAUCGUUUGAUCCAGCAAGUGAUCAACCAUGCAAAAUCCGGCAAAUGGCCCAAAGUGGACCGCAACUCACCCUUAUGGUCUUAUUACAACCGCAGAAACACCCUCACGACUGUUAG